CCGAAUACCUUCGACGACCUGCCCAUAGAGAUCAAGAGUCUGACAGAGCGCUUCUUGGAGAGCUUGUCCGCCAAAGUCCAUCCCACCCCAAGGUCCGUUGAGGAUCUCUCGGCCCUGUUUCAAGACUUCUACGAAAGAGCUGCCUCGCACAUCGCCACACACAUCGCUUCGCUUUCUUCAAGAAUUGGCCGGGACAAGUCUCCUGCACCUUCCAAUAACGCGCGCACCGUCUUAAAGUCUCGUUCGAGAGCAGGAUCGGGGGCUAAAAGAUCAGAUGGCUCGCCCAACCACAGCGGCGGUGAGAUGCUCACGGCCUCGGAAGUCACGGACAGGAAGCGGGCACGGAGAUUACUCGAGCUGAAACGCCUCGGCAUGGAAGAGGCUGUAGAGCGACAAGUAUGUGAGAAGGUGUAUGAGAGGAUCUGGAAGCACAAGAGCUCCGAUGACGAUGCGAGAGAUGAAAAGUUGCGCUCGAGGACUGCUGCUCUGGCACUCGUUGGCAUUGGGCUGAAAGAGCUGCACGUCGACUCUCCCACCAAUGAAGACAUUCGCAAAGCAACCGGUGAGAAGGAGGAUGAGAUCCACCACUCGCUCGCGGAUGCCCGCGAGGCUUUGCAACGUAUGGAUGACGAACAUCAUCCGCUCGGAAAGCUGCAACACCUCACCGCUGCGCACAAAAGCAUUGUCGAUACACUAUCACAGCUGUUUCCUUCCUCCUCUUCCGCCGACGAGAUCCUACCCACGCUGAUUUACACCCUUAUCACAUCUCCGCCCGAAGGCAUCAAUGUCGUCAGCAACCUGAACUUCAUCCAGCGAUUCCGAGCCUCGAGCAAAGUGGAUGGUGAGGCUGCAUACUGCCUGGUAAAUCUCGAAGCAGCCAUCUCGUUCCUCGAGACCAUCGAUCUCAGCUCCCUUCGCGCAGAUGAGCUGCCCCAAGGACCCCCGAAAUCGAGCAGUACAGACUCGUUCGUGGCAAUGGGUAAUGCGACUACGUUAUUGGACAAAUCGACCACAGGGUCGGUAGUCCAGCCGGACGUCACACCUCCGCUGCCAUCACCGCGAACUCCUGGCACAGAGCGACCGAGUCUGCUACAGCAAAGACGCAUAUCCGCAAUGAUGCAAGCGCAGGCCGAUCGCAUUGAAGCCGGCCGGGAGAACUUGCUAAACACGGCCGACAAGAUCUACGACUCUAUCAACGGCACGCUAGAGAAUAGCUUCCAAUUCGUCUUUGGUCGAUUCAAAGACCAGCCCGCAGGUUCAUCGCCUCUGCCCAAGACGCUCGAAGACGCGAGGAAACUCGUGAAUUCGCCGCGAAUGGGCGAGGAAGACGAAUCGUUGGCCAACAGUGGCUCCAACAGCCCGACGAUCGAUGACCCUCUCGGUUCCGGAAGGCGGAGCGAAAGGGUUGUCGAGUUGAUUGGCGGUAGCAAGCAGCCGCGGGAUCGAAGUGUCGACAGCGCCCGUUCCAUCGGAAGUGGGAAGCGCGUGCUCUUCGCUGACGGACAGGCACUCAAAGACAAGCCGAAGGAGGAAGUCAUCACCCCAACAGGCACCUUGUUCUCCACGAUCAACCCCUUGAAUCGCUUUCAAGUCCCCAGCUUCGCUCGCUUCGGCCGUGCCGGCAGUAUGCCUCAGACACCGAAGGAUCCAUCUCCUGGCGUGGAGAAGACCAGUCGACUAGGCGAUAUCAUCGAGUCCCCAGUGACGAGUCGUGACGGCCCUGGUGGCGGAGCGUCGCCGGAGAAGGUCCAGAGCGGCGUGAAUGGUAGGGACGAGGAUAUGAAUGCCCGGGAGACUUUAGCGGAACUAAGCCGACUGAAGCCGCCGAAGAAACGGUUUUUGGAGGUGCAGAAUGUCGGAGAGCUGAAGAUUGCCGAGGUGGAGGAGUUGCUGGUGGAUUACCGCCGGCUUGCCAAAGCGAUUGCUGAGGCGAUU